AUGGAUAUACCUAAGGAAGCAAGCAUGUAUGAUGAGGCAAUGAGCUUUUGCAAAACAUAUCAUGAUCCUUUCAGCGCAUUAUACAAAUUAAAUACAUCAGAUGAGGCAGAAAUUGACAAAAUUUUCCAAGAAAUCAAAAUCAAUGUUAUAGAAACAAACAUCUGCACACCUUCGAAUAUUUUAUAUAUUAUUUCCGAAAUAAUAUGUUUCAGAUGCCAAUAUUUUAAGUCAUAUUGGAUUCUAUUCAAAAAAAUCUAUGACCAAUAUCAACCAGGAAAUUUGCGUAUUAAUUAUCAUCCUUUCAGGUACCUUAUGUUCAAAGAAUACGGAAUUCCAUGUAUUGAGGAAAUAAUUGAAGAAUGUAAAGAUCUUACCAUGGAUGUUUUUGAAAAAAAUACAAUUAGUAGAGCAAUUAUGGAAAAUGACUUACAAACAUUUAUGAAAAUCACUGAACAAGAUGAUUUUGAUGUAAAUCAGGAGUUGCGUAGCAUUAUCUAUUGGCAGCAUAUGACUUUACUUGAAUUUUGCUGCUAUCACGGAUCUGUUGAUUGCUUUAAGUUGUUAAUAAGUAAAUUCGACUUAGAAUUCACAUGGAAAUGCUUUGGUUAUUCACUUUUGAGUGGAAAACCAGAUAUCGUCAAUGAAUGCUUGAAAUAUACACUUCCCAACAUUCGAUUUAAAGGUGAUCAUAAUAUGAGAUGUGCAAUUUUCUCUCAUAACAUUGAUUUUGUUUCAUUUCUAAUGAAUGAAUACAAUAUGCACGUAAAUUUAUGUGCUUGUGCAGAAUACAACAAUAUUCAAGCAUUUUUAGCAUACUUAGACCAAACAAAAAAUAUCGAUGAAUGCUUUGUUGAAUCACCUGGUUUUAAUUUGAUUCCUCUUUGUGAAUAUCUCUUAUCGAAAGGUGCAGAUAUCAAUGCAAAAAAUAAAUUAGGACAGACAUGUCUUUUCAUUGCAGCCAGUUAUGGUAAUGCACAGCUUAUAGAAUUUUUAAUCUCUCAUGGAGCUGAUGUCAAUGCAAGGGAUGAUUUUAUGAAUACUCCACUUUUCGAAGCAGCAAAUUCAAAAAACAAAGAAGCAAUAGAAUGUUUCCUUGCUCAUGGAUUUGAUGUAAAUGCAAUAAAUUCCUUAGGUGAUAAUCCUCUGUUUUAUUUAUUUGAUUUUAAUAACCCAGAAAAUACAGACGAAAUUGCAGAAAUUUUCAUUUCCCAUGGAAUAGAUUUCAAUUUAAAGAAUAAAGAUGGAAUGAACGCCUUUCAUAAAGCAGCACAAUAUUCCAACAAAAAUACACUCGAGUUACUUAUAUCACAUGGUGUUGAUAUUUUAUCAAAGAGUAAUGAUUGGAAAACCGCACUUCAUUACGCUGCAGUUACCAAUAAUAGAGAUACAUAUGAAUUUCUAAUAUCACAUGGUAUUGAUGUCAAUGCAAAAGAUAAUGACGGAAAUACAGCCAUUCAUUAUGUUAUACUUGAAGAUCAGGGAGGCCCUUAUCCUCCGGAAACAAGUCAAAGAACAUCAAAAACAUUCCAAUAUUUGAUUUCUCAUGGAGCAGAUAUCAACGCAAAAAACAAUCAAGGAAAAACAGCUCUUCAGUUGGCCAGAGAUCAAAACGAUGCAUUUAUGGAAGAUAUUCUUAAAUCACUUGGUGCUGAGUAA